AUCUACAAAUAGUUUUUUAGGUUAUGUACACAAAAUGUUUUUCUCCAAAAGGAACUUGUGUUUAUUUAUUAUAAUUUUAGGUGUCUUUGCACAAAUGAACAUAUGUGAAGUAAUAGAGACAAUUCCAUUUAAAAUGUCUGAUCAAGAAUAUAACUCUAGCUUGGAAAAUGUGAAAUAUGAGGAAGAACAUAAAAUUAUUGAAACAAAUGUGACAACAAAUAACUCGUCUUCUAAUGUGAUUAAAGUCAAUUGCUUAAUGGAUAAAGUCUAUGGACCAGUAGAAAUUGUUAAUGCAACCAGGUUAAUGAAAUUAUUAGUACUAGAACCUGGACUAUCAAACAAAAGUAGAAACGACAAGGAAAGUAGACUACUACCAGGAACUUGCGUGAUAGUAUUAUUUUAUGCCAGAUGGAGUAUAUUUAGUAGUCAAGCUGCACCACAUUUUAACGCAUUACCACGUGCAUUUCCACAUAUCAAGGCAGUGGCAUUAGAUGUUAUUAAAUACCAAAACUUCAAUGCUCAAUAUGGAAUUGUUGGAGUCCCAACAAUAAUGUUUAUUCAUAAUGGAAAGCCUGUAGCAAAGUUUAACUACACUGUUCACACAUUGGAAGCUUUUGCAAUAUUUAUAACGCGAAUAACUAACUUACAACCAAAUGGAUCACUGUAUGUUACAUCCUCGGAUUUUGCUGGUCCUGUUUCUAAUAUACCUUAUAAUGGGACAGAUUAUUGUCUAGUCCUUUCAUGGGUCUUUAUUACUGCAUGUGCUUUAUACUUUACAUCACAAAGCAGGUGGUGGCAGCAAUUUGUAGAAUUAAUUCAAAAUACGUGGCGUGAAAGCAAUGCUCAACAUGAGCAUGCUGAUUAAAGUAUAAAAAGAGAAUAUUUUAUAUCUCAUGUAAAAAAACAUGGCAUAAAAUACAAACUCAUGGUAUUAUUAUUAAUUCGUGUGAUAAUAUAU